GCCAUAAUCGACGAAUGAGGAUUCACUGGUACGCGAUACCUCUCUUGCGUCUUCAAUUGAAGAGCGACUCGCAAAGGGAAGGGAAGACCCAAGUGAGACAGAAGAGGAAUAGACGUAUUAGUUUUAACAACUUCUGAAGUUGGAGUCGUUUUUUUUUAAGCGGUAGACAUGGCGAAGUCUCCCUAGCGCGCGCCCCUCUUAUCUCGCCACAUAUCUUUUUGAUAUUUUAUAAUAGGGAGAUGAAGCCACCCAAAAAAACCUACCAUUAUCCGCAUCCCCCUUUCACCACAGUGUCUUUCUCUCAUUCAGGCCCGUUGCUCAUAUGUUUAAUUAACUAGGCUGAUGUGUAAGUACCUUCAGCCAGCGAAGCGUGGGCGGACGGGCUGCGGGGUAAAGAGGCUGCCGGAGAAUAUUUCCUUAUUCCUUUCCGGCCCGGGCGCUUGCUCUUUUGCUGGAGCUUCACCUCCAUCGAGCGACUUAGAAAGCUACAGAAAUAACUCGACCCCUUUCAACUUCUUCCGAAUUGUUUGGUGCGUUUUUUGGAGUGCUUUGCUCGUCGGAGGACGCGUUAGGGGGAAGUAGAAGAAAAAGGGUGAGUGAGGUAAAGAGAGGGAAGGACAGAGUGUGUGUGUGUCUGUGUGAGUGUGUUUUGAUGUUAUUUGUGACGGAAUCCCCUCUUCAGUCUCCAAGAAUCCGCGAGCGACGCGAGGAGGAGGAGGAGGAGGAGGAGGAGGAGGCGCGCGGACCUGUCCACGAGCCCUCACUGCGGAACGCGCGGGGCUGCCGCUGGAGAUUCCAAAAUCAACGAUUAUUUUGGAUUCAAGAGAGACUAACUCUUCCCCGUGCGUCAAAGGCUUUUUAUCCCCCCCUUUCCCUGGUCCGUCCUUGCUGUUAAAUGGACGGUGUUUGACGUCUUCAACGAGAGGAAUACUACCUUUUUUUUUUUUUUUUUUCUUUUUUUUUUUAACCGGGGGGUGAGGUGCUGGUGUAGGGGAAGGUCUUCAGAGGCAGACAGGUGGAUUUAUUCGUGGUGUGUUUUGGGGGGGGGGAAAUUGGAUGGAGGAGAAAUUGAUGGAUUAAUUUGACGGAGGACAGUUGUUUGUGUGAUUAUCACUGCUGCCGAGGGCACCCGAAUGGAGUAACAGGCUGCAAUGUCAUCUCCACCUGGCCGCCUGGAGAGAUGUGUCACGGGAAUGGGAUCAAGUUUGAACACUUUUCCUCUGACUUCACUGACUCUGUGAGAAGGCACCAAAAUGUCAGUAAACGGACGGGCCAUGGUGGCUGCCCGCACCGGCCCCCAUACCACGGCAGAAAAACUCAACAUUCAUCACACGGACUCCGAAGAAGAAGGCGCAAAACCUCCACGACCGCAAACCCGCUGCAGCCACGCUUUGUGACACUGAAGGGUAUGAUGGGUGUAGUGGGCUGGAUGCUGCUCCUACUCUCCCAGAUGAUGGUUCCUGUGGCAUCCCAGAAGCCGCCAGGGCUCAGUGUGGGUGUGAUUAUGGGCCAGACACGCCACCUUUCCGAUCAGGAGCUCCGCCCAUCCCGGCGCCCUGAUGAUGCCCUUGACGUCUCCGUGGUGAUACUAAGGAUCAACCAGACAGAUCCAAAGUCUGUGAUUACACAGGUGUGUGAGCUUGUGUCACGCACUCGUCUCCAUGGCAUCGUGUUUGCCGAUGGCACUGAUCAGGAGGCUAUCGCUCAGAUCCUUGACUUCCUCUCAGUUCAGACGCAGCUUCCAGUCCUGGGAGUCCACGGGGGCUCCUCUAUGAUUAUGGCUGACAAGGAUGAGAAGUCCACGUUCUUCCAGUUCGGCGCAGCUCUGCAGCAGGAGGCUCUGCUCAUGCUUUCCAUCAUGGAGGAGUAUGACUGGCAUGUUUUUUCUAUUGUCACUUCCAAGUUCCCCGGGUACCAGGGGUUUAUCAGCACACUGAAGACAACUGUGGAUCACAGCUUUGUGCGCUGGGACCUGCAGAGUGUAGUGACUCUGGAUGCUAUAGACGGAGACCCAAACUCUAAAUCACACAUUGCCCUGAAGAGGAUCCAGAGUCCCGUUAUACUGCUGUACUGCUCGAAGGAUGAGGCUAUAUAUAUACUAGAAGAAGCUCGAUCUUUGGGCCUGAUAGGAGCCGGUUACAUCUGGAUUGUGUCCAGUCUAACCACUGGCAACCCAGACUUCACCCCUGAGAUGUUUCCCCUAGGUAUGAUCUCCGUAUCCUAUGAUGACUGGGAGUACCCUCUGGACACACGAGUGCGGGAUGGGGUGGGCAUCAUUUCCUCUGCAGCCACCGCCAUGCUGCGGGAGAAGGGGGAGCUGCCAGAGGCCCAGAGCAGCUGCUACAGCACAGCGUCAGACAGGAGCCCGGGGAAGCUCCCACCCAGUGCCCUGCGCAGACACAUGAUGCAUGUAUGGAACGAUGGGCGAGACUUAUCCUUUACUCCAGAUGGUUACCAGGCCAACCCCAAAUUGGUUGUGAUCGUCUUGAAUAGUGAAAGGAAGUGGGAGAAGAUGGGCCGUUGGGAGAACGGAACGUUGGCAUUGAUGUUCCCAGUGUGGCCAAGGUAUAACUCCUACGGGGACGAGGAUGCAGAUGAGAACCAUCUCUCCAUUGUCACGCUGGAGGAGAAGCCUUUUGUAAUUGUGGACAAUGUGGACAUCCUCACUGGCACCUGCAUGAGGAACUCUGUGCCCUGCCGCAAGCAUGUCAAAGAUAACAGCACAUCAGGAGGCUCCUACAUUAAGCAGUGCUGCAAGGGCUUCUGCAUCGACAUUCUGAAGAAGAUUGCCCGGAACGUCAAGUUCACCUAUGACCUUUACCUGGUCACAAAUGGAAAACAUGGCAAGAAGAUCAACAAUAUAUGGAACGGCAUGGUUGGAGAGGUGGUGUAUAAGAAGGCGGUGAUGGCAGUCGGUUCCCUGACCAUCAAUGAGGAGCGGUCAGAGGCUAUUGACUUCUCCGUGCCCUUUGUGGAGACUGGCAUCAGCGUCAUGGUGUCACGAAGCAAUGGGACCGUCUCUCCGUCUGCCUUCCUCGAGCCCUUCAGUGCUUCAGUUUGGGUGAUGAUGUUUGUGAUGCUGCUCAUCGUCACAGCCAUCGCCGUCUUCCUCUUUGAGUUUGUAAGUCCACUGGGCUUCAACCGCAACUUGGCCCAAGGCAAAGACCCACACGGUCCUUCUUUCACCAUCGGUAAGGCCAUAUGGCUGCUGUGGGGUCUGGUGUUCAACAACUCUGUGCCGGUGCAGAACCCAAAGGGCACCACCAGCAAGUUCAUCGUAUCAGUCUGGGCCUUCUUUGCUGUCAUCUUCUUGGCCUCCUACACUGCCAACCUGGCUGCCUUCAUGAUACAGGAAGAGUUUGUGGACCAAGUUACCGGACUGUCGGACAAGAAGUUUCAGAGUCCAUACUCCUAUUCCCCUCCAUUUCGUUUCGGGACCGUUCCUAACGGCAGCACUGAGCGCAACAUCAGGAAGAACUAUCCAGAUAUGCAUCAGUACAUGACCAAAUACCAUCAGACCGGCGUCGUGGACGCGCUAGUCACCCUCAAGACCGGAAAACUGGAUGCUUUUAUUUACGACGCUGCCGUGCUGAACUACAUGGCGGGCAGAGACGACGGCUGUAAGCUGGUCACCAUCGGCAGUGGUUACAUCUUCGCUACCACAGGUUACGGCAUCGCACUGCAGAAGGGAUCCUACUGGAAACGCCUGGUGGAUCUGGCCAUACUGGGCAUCAUAGGAGACGGUGAAAUGGAGGAGCUGGAGGCCCAGUGGCUGACUGGGAUCUGCCACAACGAGAAAAACGAAGUGAUGUCAAGUCAGCUGGAUGUGGACAACAUGGCGGGUGUCUUCUACAUGCUGGCCACAGCCAUGGGCCUCGCCAUCCUCACCUUUAUCUCUGAACACCUUUUCUACUGGAGGCUGAGAUACUGCUUCACCGGAGUCUGCACGGGAAGGCCAGGACUGCUGUUUACUAUCAGCAGGGGUAUAUGGAGUUGCAUCCAUGGUGUUCACAUAGAUAUGAAGAAAAAAAAUCCUGAGCUGGACUUCAGUCCUCAAGCCAACAUGCUGCAUCUGCUCAAGUCUGCCAAGUCAAUGGCUUUGUCGUCUCCCAAACGGAACACAGUCCUGGUGCAGCCCAGCAUCAUGGAUGUAAUGACAGGGAAAGGUAACUCACUCCAUGGUCUGCCCCCGAAGGGUCCUGGUCUCUAUAGCAACGCUGCUGGUCCGCAAGGUUUCAUGUCAUUGGCCGGGCGGCACAAAAACCUCCUCAACAAUGCUGCGCCAUUCCCUGUGCAACAAAAAGCGCCCCCUCACCAGACCAGCCCAAACAAGCCCCAGCUGUCAAUCACCAAUGAUAAUGGAAAGACCCGCCUCGCCGGGGCGGCGCUCACGGCCUCUAAACCUCGAAACCUGUGGAAGAAAAGUGUGGAGACAUUAAAGACCCAGCCUUCUGUUGCAUCUCCAGGUCCAAACCCCGCCCCCUCAUCUGGACCCGGACCUCCACAGAUGAAGAGCCAGCGCUACCUGCCGGAAGAGCCGCCGCACUCUGACAUCUCCGAGUGCUCCAGCCGGCCACCAUCACACAAAGAUUCUGACUCCAUGGGGGCGAGGGGUGGGUUCAAGCCAAUCAAUCAACUGAGAAAGAGGGGUGGUGGUGGAGGAGGAGGAGGAGGAGGGGGAGGAGGAGGAGGGGAAGGUGGGGGCAGAGGAUCAAAGAUCUACUCCAUUGACUCAGACCAGGCCAGUCUGCAGUCGGCUCCCCCCUACCAGCGAGACAGUCAAGGUGGUGACGACCUCAGUUACCCCCCUGACCUGUUUCCAACUGAUGGCACAUACUCACACACUCACUCCCACCAGGGCGACACACCCAUUCUGCAGCUGAGUGCCAGUCUGCUGCAUCACAGUCACAGCGCUGAGGCCGACCUGCACUCUCUGAAGGACAAGAAAUACAGCACCUACACCCACAGCAGUGUGAAGGAGAAGGCUGGAGGAUCGUUUGAAGCGCCUGGUGCAGCACAGGGGACACAGAUUCGCCCUGGCCACUGUCGCUCCUGCCUGACAAAGCUGAGCGGUUACUCCAGUCUUUACUCUGUCCGCUCACCUCAGGCCCGCUGCGAUGCCUGCGCCCACCUGGGAAACCUGUAUGACAUCAGUGAAGACCACCUACACUCACACUACUCCCACUCGCACACUCACCCACACAGCGGGGACAUGUUUACACACUACCUACCCCAGAGCGAGUUGGGUCUGGUGGGUGAAGGAGACGGUCUGGUGAGCCACUUCGAGCCCUCCCCUUCGUCCCCAUCUCCGCUCCCCACCCCCACAUCGGCCCCACACCUCCAACUGAGUCGUCAGCACUCCUACGAGAAUGUGCUUCCAGACGGCAUUCCUGAGCGGCAGCUGCACACACAUCUUCGGGGUUUGAGUCUGCCCGACAGGGAACGUGAUCGGGAGCUGACCCUGGACGAGGGGGCUUAUGCUAACGUUCUCACCAUGCGCUCUGAUCGUCCCUUCAGCAGCCGCAGCCCCCCCUCUCCAUCACCUUCUCAUCACCACAGCCUGGACACCCCGUUGCCUCUCCCUCGCCGCUCUAAGAGCCUCUUCCCGGACCGGCCCUCGCACAACCCUUUUCUCCAGUCAGCCCCUGGCACAACGCAACGAGACCCCGCCCCCCAGGCUGUCACAUGCAUGCCACAGAGAAAUUCUGCCCACGAGCUCUAUAAGCAGCGAAUGCCCCUUUCACUAACCCUCGGUAACCAUGGCAGCCAUCUCAAUAGCCAGCAUGGCAGUCAUGUCGACCAACAGGUGUUCUAUCCUCAGCAGGAGCCCCCUGUGGUGGCCUACAUGGUCUCACCCGCUGCCUCUCAGCCAAUGAGCUAUGUGACGGCGCCGCGAGCCUCGAGCGCAGGCGGCAACGCACGGCCUCGACUUUACCGCCGCAUGCCAAGCAUCGAAUCUGACGUCUGAGAGACACACGGAACACACUUUCUCUCACUGAAACACACUAACACACACGCAUGCAAGACAGAGUUGUGUGUGUCGAGACCAGGCAGCUCUGAUUCUCAGCACAUCUGCAGAAACACACACACACACACACACACACACAGAAACACACAGGUGAAAGACGAGGAGAUGUGCUCUGGACAUAAAGGUUAAGUAAAUAAAUCAUUGUUUCUUUAUCACAGCCUCUGUGGGGCAGGGCGGGGCCACAGGGACACCUGGAGGCACAAACCAGGAUGAAAAGUGUGUGUGCAUGUCAGUGUGUGCUCUAACCUCAAGCCGUGGGCAAAGAGGCACAAACUGACAAUACGUCUGACGUGGCAGAUUGAAUUCCCACUGAAACUAGAGGGACACUGUACUCGAGGCUUCACACCGACAGUGAGAUCAGCCGGGGGAUACAAAAAGUGUGUUUGGAAGACGAGCCGACUUGUUCUGCCCUUUCACCAGCCCUCUUUGAGACGAAGGAGUCAGAGGAAACCCCUUUGUUUCUGAGAUAACACACCAAAACACACUUAUUUCACCUUAAAACACACGCGCCCCCUCUCCAGGACUCUCCUGUUGCACUAUGAUUUCUGCAGUCAACCCGUAUGUUGUCUGAGCCUCCAAACUGCACUGCCAGCAUGGCUUAAAGAGUAGUAAACUAAACUAGAGUAAUCUUUGACUUGAAUGGAUUCCUCUUCGUAAUAAUCCAGACUUGGAGGCGGGCAGCUGGUUUGGACCCAGGUUUAAAAAGUGUUUCAGCUUCUGCCCUCAGAUGUACAAACACUGGAACACACACAUGCACGCUGUGUCUGUUAUUCGGGGGAACUAAUAAAACUAGUGACUGUUUGUUAUUGUUGAUGUCAGAUAAUUGAACAUUCCAAAAAAGUGGACCAAACGUGUCCGCCGGUAUCAGGAAGAGAGUGUGUGUUCUUGUGUUUCUACAUCUAAAGACUUACAGUAUAGCUUCCUUGCUUACUCUCUUAGCUAGCCUUCAGGUCAUAAUGCAUGCUUCCUACUGCCCUGUGUUACAGUUAAACUCCUAUACAGGGUCAUAUAUGCACACACACAAACACACUUAUAUGCUCAUACACACACACACACAUACGCAGUAGUCUAGGAUAUUAGUAUAGGGUGUGUGUGUGUGUGUGUCGAAGCUAUGUGAUAGCUUCUUCUUUGUGCACUUUGUAGAUUUUAUACCCUGCCACCUAACACAGAUGUUUGACCAAAAACACUUUUAUACUAAAAAAAUAUGAACAUUCUCGAUUAUUCGCUGGAUAGAUGUUAUUUUCUCUCUCUUUUUCUUUGACAUUGGGUUUUAGGGCACCGCUAAGGGCACACAGUUCUGUUAUUUUCCAUUGUGAGGUCAGAAGUUUUACAGUGUUAGAUAAUGGGUACAAGCAUCAUACAGUAUACACAAAAGAAACUCUUUAUCUUUGCUCUUCUUUUCUAAAACAUUUACUGUAUUCAUCCCUCCUUCCAGAGCCUUUCCCCUCUUCCUUUAUCAGCUUUUGUUUAUUCUCUUAAUUGCUUCUUUUUCCUUUUUGCUCCUUCCCUGCUUCCUUCUAUUGCGUAGAUCGAGUAUCAGAAGAAUAGAAGUUCAGUCGUGGUGUUUUUUUAAAACUCAACAAAUCUUCUGGAAAGUUCUUAAUAUCAGUAGUUGUAAGAACUCAUCAAAUUGAAUACCGGCUCUCUGGUAGGAUACAGUUCUUUUUUCCAAUAGCUAUCCAUGUGGAACAAAAGGCCUGUUUUACGGUUUCUGUAGUGAAUUUACAGGCUGUGUGCAUCACUUUUUGCAAAUUUUUCCAUUCAAAUUAGAGCUCCUGGACAAGUGUCAGAGUAGCUGCUUCUUAUGUGGCUCUCUCUUUGGCGAGAACAUGGUGCUAUGUUUCAACAGGGAUAGUCACAUGGCACAGCAGAGAGUUUGCAAAGUGACUCGUUAUUACUGAGGCAACACUCACUCAAACACACACAUGCACACACUUGACAAGCUGGCAAUGUGUAUGAGUGUGCUAGAAAUCCAUAAUCCACUGAGUAAGGGCAUUGAUUUUUGAGCACAAGGAUUUUGAUGGAAAAAGGACUUGAUAUCCUAUUAGCUGAGCGUCUGUCUCUAUUCUCUUUCUCUCUAUUCUCUCUCUCACAGACAAACACACACACACACACACACACACACACACACACACACACACACACACAGACAUUUAUCUAUAUAUAUUGGCCGCAAAGAAUGCAAGACAGUUUGAACAAAAAAAGAGAUGCACCUUUGAACGGUAAAACACUGCCCCUCUUUUGGUUUGGUGUGUGAGUUAUAUGCACAAUUAUCAGGUUGCAAUAUUAUACUUCUGUACAGAGAAUCUUUGUUUUUAAAAGUUAGAAACUGAUUUCAUUUGUUUCAUUUGAAUGGUAUUAAGUGUUGAGUUCAUUUCAAUAACAGCGUGGCUUUUUAUUCUGCUUCUUUAAGAAAAAAAAAGACUGGCAUGUUUUGGAUUCCUGUGAUUUUAUUUCCCUUCCCCCUCCCUCUGGUCUGUCAUUGGUUGGGACCUCACUGUACAGUCCUCACUGCUGGUUAAAGAGACUUGUUAACAAUAUCGGUAGGCUAACUAGUUAACUAGCAGCACUUAGCUGGAGCACAUUCAAUGAAUAAUGAGAGUCCAGCAUGUGUGGUUAAAACAAACCCCCUCCCACCCUCAUUGUUCUCCUCCACUACGAGUCUGUGCUGCUUCACCUCUGAGAGCGAGUGUGUGUGUGUGUGUGUGUGUGUGUGUGUGUGUGUGUGUGUGUGUGUGUGUGUGUGUGUGUGUGCGUGUGUGUGUGUGUGUGUGUGUGUGUGCGUGUGCGUGUGAGUGUGUGUGCGUGUGUGUGUGUGCGUGUGUGUGUAAUUUACACCAGGCAGGCAUUUAUGUAAGACAGAGGAUGAUUUCUCUUUCGAGAGCUUGUUUGUGUUGUAUUUUUGUGCGUGUGUGUGUGUACUUUUCUGUUCUCUCUUCCCUUCGUCCUACACAUAACAUUUGACCCCGCUCUUACUCAUGAAACACAAAUACAGUUACAUGCACAAACACACACACACACACACACACACACACACACACACACAUGCUCAUGCAGACACACAUGUUGCGUCAGUACUGUCGUGGUUACGAGAGUGUGUAGAAUGAGUUUCGUUGCGUCCACCAUCACAGAGAUUUUUUACACCGACCUUUUGUUUGAUUUCUCAGAUUUUUUUUUUUUUUUUACUUGCAUGACAUGCUUGUGUUUCUGGUGGUACCUAUUUUGCUGCAACACCUGAGUUCUCCCUGAGUUGACCUCCAGGGCUACAUGCAUCAACGUUCCCCCGCCAAAUUGGUAAGUGACACGAGCCUGGGAUCUUGAAAAAAAAAACAACAACCUUGACACCCAGCCUGUGAUGUCAUCAAAAUGGCCCCCAACCGGCUCCUGUACAAUGACGGGCACUGUCGAGGAUCAUGUGCGAAACGUUCCAGGUCUCAGCACAGUUGGGAGUGUGGCCCAGGUGUGCACAUGUUAUACACAGUUCUGGGCGGAGGGAGUGCGUUGGUUGGUGUGUAGUCCUGUGGGUCUCCUGCUGUGUAUCUCACUUGUGUAUAAGUUCAGGGGUUUCUAAGCUACUAGUUGUGUUGUAAAUACUACCUUGUCACUCAGUACCUCUGUACAAUCUGUAAAUAAGUAAAGGUUACAUUUUUCUACUUGU